UCUCUCUCUCUCUAUACAGAUAAGAUACAAAUCAUCCGUUUCUUCUGCAACUGGCUUCUUCAAAAGCCCUCAGGCUCUGUUUUUAAGUAAAGAGAUCUUGUAGAGAGUUUGCUUGUGAGAUGGAAUUGGUGUCUGGAAAAGUAGUUCCAGGUUGCUCCAACGCAGGCAAUCCUUUCCAUGAGUGUACUGCUAUCUGUUUCGAGAGAUUAAACUCUGGAGACGUCCACAAGAAGGAGAAGAAACUCUUUGGCAGUCCAGCUCUUGGAAGCAGAUCGCCUCUGGCCAGCUAUUUCGCCAAGAAGAAGGUCGAUUCAGUCAUUUCACCUUCCACCGAUCACACCAAUGGUAACUUCUUCAGCCGGCUUUCCCCGCUACAUGGACGCCCAUCCCAACUCAAGAACGAGUCUGCAAACAAUGUGGACUCGCUCCCGAUGUCGCCUUCUCUGGCUGUGUAUUCAGGGGCAGACUAUUUUGCAAGAAGGCGUGGAGGUGAUGACGAUGAUUUGUCACCAAGGCCCUUUGGAACUCAGCCCAAGACUCCUGAACACCCUCUUAGGACCCCUCAGCAUAGGCCUCGCACACCCCAACACCGCUCUGAUACUAGGCCGUGGGAUCACCAAGAGGACCCUCCUGAACGCCGCUCUGAUACUAGGCCGAGGACCCCAAUACAUGAGUCUGCUGCAACAGGGAGGAGGCCCCAAACGCCAGAAACCAGGCCGAGGACUGCACAACAUAGAGGGAGGUCACCUGAGUUCAUGGCUAGAUCCCCCGGGCCUAGGUCCAAGACCCCAGAGCCUCAACCUUCCUACUUUGAACCAUUUUCAGUGACUCCAAAACAGCGCUCCAAGACGCCAGAACCCAUCCCUAGGAUUCCACAAACUCAGCCCACAUCCCACAGAUCUCUUGACAGUGCUGCUAUUCAAACACCUCGGACAGCUGAUACUAGGCCUAGGACGCCGGAACACCGGACCAGGACCGUGGAGACAAGGCCAAGAAUGCAUGAAAGUAGGCCAAAGACUGCAGUCUAUGUAGGAAGGUCACCUGAUCACAGGGAGAUGGGUCAAAGAUCACCUCAGGCCUACAACUAUCUUGGGAGCAAAGCUGAGUCGGUCUACAUUGAUAACGACGAUGAAUCGGUGCUACUCUAUCCAGAACUUAUUUUGUCACCUCAAGAAAAGCCACUCUCUAGACCCAUUACGCCUAGCCGCCGUGGAUAUGAAACACCCACCAAACAGGAGGAGCAUUUUGAUCAGCUGGAUGAGUCCGCGAGCUCAGAUGACGAUAAAUUUUCGUUUGUGGAUGAUCAUGACGAUGACUCUGUUUGGCUUUACCCUGAAAUCACACCGAAAUCUGGAAGCAACACGCCCGUUCAUCACAAAUCCGGUAAAACGCCAAGCGAACAAGAGGUUCUACAAGAUAAGCAAAACAACGAGCCCCCGGAGCUACCAGAUGAAUCGCAGAGCUUCAGUCUCUCAGAGAUCUCCCGCAUGAAAGGAAUAAUGGUAAAGAAGAAUGAAGCGAGGUACGAGAUGCAGUCCGUUCUAUCCGAGUCUUCCGUCUCCGUGGGAGACUACAGAGUCAGAGCGAGCGUGUCGGCCACUCUUGAGCAAAUCCUCGACAAGCACGGGGACAUUGCAUCCGCUUCAAAACUACAUUCGCUUGCCACGAGAUCCUACUACCUCGACAUGCUUGCCUCCGUGGUCUUCGAACUCCAGACGACACCCUUGAAGCAUCUGAAGGAGAGCCGCGUGGUGGAAAUGCUAGCGAUUGUUAGAGACGUUGAGUCCGUGAAAAUCAAAGCAGGCUGGCUCAAGCCCGUCCUUGAGGAGAUCGUUGAGGCGGUGAAGCACUACGACCAGCACAAGAGGAGCAUAACGGAGAAGGAGGUGUUGGAGGGAAAUGUGUUGCUUGCGAGACAAGAAAUGGAGAAACAGGGGAAAGAGCUGAGGGAGAAGGAGGAGAAGAUGAAGGAGUGGAGAGAGAGAGUGACGGAGAAGGCUGGGAAGUUGGGGAAUCUUGAUAUGAGAAGAGCUCGUCUCGACAAGAAUUUGGCGUUUCUGAGUUCCAAAGUGGACAAGUUUCAGGGGAUAUCUGUUUUUGAUGGCAUCUUGUGACCAACCAAACCAAUUAGUUCUUCAUUCUUUUGUUCAUCAUGUCAUGUGUAACAACUGACAUCCGUUUCUAGCCGCAAAAUAAGCGUUUGCAAAGUAAAGAGCGGUUUGUUUUGGGUAGAGCGUUGCGUUGUGUAUGAUCCUCUAUAUCUACACUACUCUAUAUACAUACAUCUAUUAAACCAAAUCCCAUUUACAGAAUAUGCAACUUUCAAAUCUAAACAAGAAUUAUAUCAACAUUAAUAUAUAUAAAAAA